ACUAGUGAUUUAGGACGAGCCUCCAAGGUGACCUUCAUUUGUUAUAAUAUAUGCACCCGAUUGUUGAUAUUUGGCCAGAACCACAUGCAGAUUUUGGACGGGGAGGCGAUCGGCUCUCCUUCAGAAUACGUCUUCAAAAAUCGUAUUUCCCAAAGGUCUUUGUCCAGUAUUUCUGACAGGAUUCCGAAGAAGUCUUUGUGGAAGUAACACAAAAGUCCAUAGAUAUUACAGAUUUUAAUAAGGAACCUCCCCAUCGUUGGAUAAUCAAUCACACUUCAUCAUGUUCGUUGCUAGGCGCGGUGUUCAUAAUCUGCAGAACAUGUGUCUCAAGGACGCAAGGACAGUUACCCAGCUUGCUGGUCGCUCAUUUCUCCCGAACUCUCAGAGUAAAAACUUUCCAAAAUAUCUCAAAGAGGCCUCAGAUAACUUCCCACAUGUGUUCAAACUCCAUCUAAAGAAAGUCUUCAAACCAGAACUCGGUAAAUUCGGACGCAGUUUCCGCCCUAUAUUGGAUAAAAUGGUCGACAAGUACGGUGUCGUCGUGCUCCGCGGUUUUAACAUUGACAGUGCCAUACCUUUCUCAGAGUUCUUCCAAGCGCUGGGAUAUCCCACAAUGCCAUAUUACAGCGGUACCGGAGUCAAGGGGGAGGUGGCGACGUCUGUGGCCGCGCCCAGGAGUGACCCGCCAAUUUGCACGGUCGAACCCCACAAUGAGAUGACCUACGUGAAGAAUUCCCCAGACCUGGUUUUUCUGUUCAACCAGAUCACACCAGCGCGUUCGUGCGGUGGGGAAGUGGUCCUAGUCGACACCCGGGACAUCAUGCAUGAACUGGAAGAGAGUGUGAUCAACAAGUUCAAGCGACACGGUGUCAGAUACUAUCAUCAUUUACCCGGCGAAGACAGCGUCUUCCCGUCUUGGCAACAGGCGAUGCAGACGUCUGAUCGAGCCGAGGUUGAGAGACACCUCAAAGCCAUGGACACCCAGUACGUCCGAUGGGACGAAGACGGUUCGCUGACCUACUGGACAACACAACCUGCAAUGGUUCGUCACCACAAGAAAGGAGACAUGGUGUGGUUCAACGAGGCAGUCAGUCUUCAUGCAUCACACUGGCGCGCACAUCCCAAAUUCGCGCACAUCGACCUUCCAGAAACGCGCUAUCCACAUACCACGUUGUAUGGCGACGGAUCUCAAAUUGAGUCGGAUGUCCUCCAACAUAUCAGAGAGGUGACCUGGAGGAAUGCUGUGGGUACGAAGCUCGAGAAGGGGGACAUUAUGGUUUUGGACAAUAUGUAUGUGCAGCAUGGACGUUUGGGUUAUUCUGGACAGCGACUAGUCUUGAUAAGUUUGACGAGACGGGACAAUGGUGUUGAUGAGACGGAUUCAGAUUAAAUCAAAUGUGUUCAUCACAAAAUCCACUGUUGGGAAUUGGACUGCGGCGAGGUGCUGUUAUCAAGUUGCUGGUUGUUGUGCGAGGAGUCACAAUGGUGCGGUCUACAUGAUGGCCACAUAAUUUGUGAGGACUGCUAUGCGAUGCAAUCAGUGCUCAAGCUGUCGCAGGGCAGCUUCGGAUAGCUUGAACAUUGCGACUUGUCCAGACAUCACGGCAAUCCUCACUAAUUACACAACCAUGACAUUUGUGACUUAUCUGGUGACAAAAAAGUUUGCAAGAACACUUAAUCUAGCAAAGAGAGUUGACUUUUUCUGCUGAAUAUGAACUUCUGAUGGUGACCACCAGUUAUAUAUGGGUUUUUGUGGAUCAGCCUGCUGUCUCACAGACAUGAGCUGCGCUUACACCACGAAAUAUUGGUGGACCAAUUGCACUUACACCACCACAUUGCCGCGACAAAUUGGUUCGGCAAUCCAUUGCCGAUACAAAUUGCCGAGCGAAUUUGUCCCACCAAGCUUGAUGGUCCAAAUUCGCCCGGCUUGUUAAAAGCUCGGCUUUGUCGUGGUGUAAGCGCAAAUGGAUCGGCAAUUAGCUAGUUAGAUGGUUCGGCUCCAGGCGGCGCUUUCGAAAUGGCGCUUUCUGCCUAGGCUUUCUGCGUUCUGCUUAUUGUUUGCGCGCCAUCUGUAGCCGGAUUUUAUAACUAGCUACAGCGCUGGUGUAAGCGCUUGGUGGAUUUUCGAUGGUGCGGCAUUGGUUCCCGAACCAAGAUUGGUGGUCCAUUUUCAGGUGGUGUAAGUGCGGCUAUGGCUGGGGUGUAUGGAUGUUGCUGGGGGGGGGGGGGGUAGGUCACGAGAUAGGUUAUCAACCACUUAUCUCGGUCAGAUGAGUCAUUGGAAAUAAUGUGGGCCGCUGUGAGACAACAUGGGUCAAAUAUGGGCCAACAUUGCUGGGCAAGAAGGCAAGCAUUUCAUCGCGUUUAUUGAAAGUUUGGGCCAUAUGUCCAAUAUAUAUACCGGUAAUCAUUUCAUGUUAUUUUUCUAUAUAUCUUUGCUACUACAAUGUAUUUCUAUAACAAAAGGCUUAUGUGAUAGUCUUCUCAACUUAAGGAGAUGGCAGAUGUGAUAUUGUGCCCUCUCUCGGAAGACCUGCUUACUUCAGGUUGCACGUUUAAAGUUCUGCAUGAUAAUUUGUAGUGUAAAUAAUUUAAUAACUAAUAACUCUCGGCACUUAGAGGAGAAAAUUGGUGUUGAUCUUUUGGCCUUGCUCCCUCUGUCGCCAAACACUGGACUGACCGAGGGAUCGGAGUGGCACCAAGAUUCACCAAUCUCCUCAAUGUGUCUUUCGGGAGCAAAGGUAUGUGGAAAGGGAAUGCUGGGCAUUGGGCAGUCAGUUACAGGUAGGGGAUGGUAUUGGUGAUGGUUUGGAGAUUGUGCCACGAGAAUAGCAGUAGCACAACACAAUGACAUUGGUGCCACCAUACUGGUAUCAUAACCAAGGGUGAAAUUUACCUGGGAAAUUUAUAAACUGGCCUUUAUAGUUGCAAGCAAUAUAUAUUUACUAUCAUACAUACUGUGUCGACGCUACUUAGCUGGAUUGUCACGUCUCCCACACUUACAUGUAUACCUGUACACAUACAGAUAGGCCAGUUUGUACAGGAACCUCCCAGCUGGCUUAAUAACAUCGACACAGUACAGUAGAACCUCUCUUAGCAGACACCUCUCUAAUAAGGACACCCUCUCUAUUAAGGACACUAGUUUUGGUCCCACAUUGGUUGUUUCCAUUCAAUUUGACCUCUCUAAUCAGGACGCCUCUCUAUUAAGGACAGCACUGGUCAGUCCCAAGGGUGUCCUUAAUAGAGAGGUUCUACUGUAUAUACGUAGGAGCCUAAUUCUUUGAUUUGAUGCGCGGUCCAUGCAUUUACAUUGUUAACCUAGCAACUUCUCGAUCUCAAUCUUCUAAAACGGCAGGUUUUUCGAUCUCAAUCUUCUAAAACAGCAAUUAACCAUCUAAAGAUCAAGGACUUCUGCAUUUUAACAUACAUGUAGCUUAUCAAAGUUCUGUGUGUUGAUACAUGUACCUGUUACUACUUGAUGUAAUCACAUCAAUGUCGUCAAUACAAGUAGUGAUGUACACAUGCAAUGUCUUCAGCUCUAUGCUUUCAAAUCCUUUGCGUUGCAACACAAUAUACAUGUAAGCUAACAUGUAUGUACAUUGUUUGUCAACAAAAUGUAAAUAAACUUGGCAAUGUCAUAUUUCAAAA